UCUCCAAGCUGUUUGUGCGCCACUUUGACCGUCCGUCACUGCGUUUGGUCUGGGGUCGUACUGAUGUGCAGCCUGAUUUCUGAUGCAUGUUUAAGAGAAAUCUUUCCUUUGAGCAUGAAAAUGGGGCCUGUGUGGUUUACCUUCUUUGUUAUUUGAUUGAUGGAGGUGGAAGGCUGUAGGUCAGAGGUGGAAGUGUUUAGGAGGUCAGCGGUUGAGACGAUGUCCACAGGAGAUUCAUUGUCUGGGAAGUGUUCUCCAUUGUCCCAAAACGUUCAGAUGUCAACACCUCGAUCGAUCCCCCUCACCAUGAGAAACACCGACAGUGGUCCAUCAAAACGGGAAUUUCGAGCUUCAUCCGCACCUUUGAUUCCCAAUCCAUUUCCAGAGCUCUGCAAUCCGGCGCACUCCCCGGUGCUGCCCGGAUCUCUCGGCGAGCGGGACCCUCUCUCUGACAACAGAAAACAUAUGAACGAAGGACUUACGGGUGCAGAUGAAGGAAAUGUGGUUCGGGUUUUUUGGGACCCCACACACAGUCGUUCGGUCCUGGUGUCAUCUGGGGCGACAGCACAUGAUGUUUGUCAUAUGCUAGCGGAGAGCGCCCACUGUAUGGACGAGGAGAGCUGGGCCCUCAUAGAACAUCAUUCUGCUUUGGGCCUGGAGCGCUGUCUGGAAGACCAUGAGCUUGUGGUGCAGGUACAGUCAUCCUGGCCCGUAGAGAGCAACACUAUGCUGUUCUUCCGCAAAAACUACGCCAAGUACGAGUUCUUCAAAAAACCUGUGUUGUUUUUCCCAGAGAACAUGAUCUCUGAUUGCGCUGAUGUCACUAAAGGCACGACAUCAUCAGAGCUGGUGCAGAACAUGGUGAAGAGUGGUUCCUGUCCAGAGAUUCAAGGCUUUCUCCAUGUGAGAGAAGGGGGGAAAAAAUCCUGGAAGAAACUCUAUUUCGUUUUACGACGGUCUGGACUGUACUGCUCCAACAAAGGGCAAUCAAAGGAACCUCGACACCUGCAGUUUGUCGGAGAUCUGGAAGAUCUGAAUGUGUUUACAGUCUUCAAUGGCCGUAAACUUUAUGGGGCACCAGAAGCGCACGUCUUCUGCAUUAAAGCCUCAAAAGACAGGUUUCGCUGUCAGGAUUUGAAGCUGAUGUGUGCUGACAGUGAGCAGAGUCGUACGUGCUGGAUCACGGCCUUCAGAUUGUUUAAGCAUGGGAAACAGCUCCAGUGUAAUUACCAGUUCGCUAAGUCCAGCGCCAGACUUCACAUGGCAUCAAAAGACUCCAAGUUUUCAGAUAGGGAGGAGUCGAUGGUUGCCAUGGAUUUUUCAGGGAAAAGCGGUGGACGAGUGAUUCAGAACCCACACGAGGCCCAGAAUGCAGAGCAGGAGGAAGGACAGAACUGGCGGAAGAGAGAAGCGUUGCGUCACAAUUUACCCACCAACGGUCACGGGUCACAGCUCUCCGCGGUUCAUCGUGUUCAGCCGUGGUUUCAUGGGGGCAUGUCUCGUGCAGAAGCUCAAAAGCUAUUGGAGGAGCAGGGUCAGGUGGACGGGAUGUUUUUGGUGCGUGACAGUCAGCUGCACGUGCAGUGCUUUGUGUUAUGCUUGAGUUAUAAACUGAAGACGAAACACUACCUCAUCAUUCCCUUGGAGCAGGGCGACAGACAGUACUACACUAUGGACGAUGGUGUCACACUGUUUGCAGAUCUGCUGCAGUUGGUGGAGUUUCACCAGAUCAACCGCGGCAUCUUGCCUGUUUGUCUCAAACACCCCUGCACUCGCAUUGCACUCUAAACCUUGAACUUUGACCUCUUCCCCCAAAACUAGGACCUAACUGACCCAGCACCAGUUUCUGGACCAUUAAAGUUUUAAUGGCAGUGGAUGUCAGGACAUUCCACAGUGUUUAUAUUAUUUAUAUUUCAUAUACUAAUCACCUGUAGCACACUUUUGGGCUUAUACAGGUCUUUAAUAUUGGUUAUUGAAACACAAACUUUCAAUACUCUUUGUUUACAAGCUAUUUGUAUUCAUCAUCCUACUAUCCGGAAAGUGCACAAGCAUGUGGGAAUGUUCUUGCUGUUCCUUCCUUCAACACUAGGUGGCGCACUGGCGCUGUGAAUAACUGCGCAUGACGACGCCUGUCCAGGAAUUCUCAAUAGAUAGUUUAUGCAAUAGACAUGCAGGGAUAUUUAAUGCAUCUUAAAGUUGCAGAAGAAGAAAGUGUCAAUGUAGCAGAUUUAUUAUUAUUAAUAUUAUUUUAUUAUUUUUUUUGCUCAACACUGUGUGUAAUUUAUGGGUGUUUAUUUCAUAUUACAAAUAUUUGAGAAGAUAAUAGAGGCCAGUUUAUAUUUGCUUGAUUCUGUAUUUUCUACAUGUUUAUUUAGUGCUUUUUCCGAUGGUUAACAGACAGUCAGACAGCUUAUUUGUAUGUAGUUUAAUUAUGACAAUGACUCCAAAUUGAAGUUGUAAAUAAGUAAACUGAGUGUUUGUGUUA